AUGGUCAAAUGUUGCGUGGUUGGGUGUACUUCGGGGUAUAAGAGUAAUACUGAAAAAGUUCACCAAUUUUGUGUGCCGAAAAAUGAAGAUCUAAGAAUAAAGUGGGGAAAAGCAAUACCUCGAAAAGAUUUGGUAUUUACGAAAAAUACAUAUGUUUGUGCCAAGCAUUUUAAUGAAAAAGACAUAAUAAAGUUUUGGUCUUCGGGUGAUGUUAAAAUUCCAUACAAACAAUGGAGACUUGUUGAAGGAGCCAUUCCUACUAUGUUUAUGGUCCCUCGUAUCUUUCUAAAAAAUAUGUUUAACCUAGAAAAAUAG